AUGUUGGACGUGGUAGUCAUUGGUGCUGGCUUCAGCGGCCUUCAAGCGGCCUACUCUGCCCAGCAAGCUGGCCUAUCUGUCGCCGUCGUCGAAGCUAGAGACCGUGUUGGCGGCAAAAGCUGGACAGUCCCAUUAUCCAAUGGACGCGGUGUUGCUGAUCUUGGAGCAGCAUGGGUGAACGACACCCUUCAGCCUCGAGUCUGGUCUUAUAUCAACCGCUUCGGCCUCAGGGACAAGGUGACCAAACAAAGACUAGGGCAUACGGCUGUAAUGAUGUUAGCUGAUGGAAGACGGAUCGAGUUCCCUCAAGGAACCACCCCUGAGUUUCUGCCAGAAGACAAGGCGAAUCUUGAGAGAAUCCGAGACCACAUCCAGAGGGAGUCAUUGAAGCUCAAUGGUCUGCGGCCAGAAGACGAUCAGGUGUCCCUAGACCAGUAUGUCCGCUCGCUCGGCGGAUCCCCUCAAACGUUAAGAAUGGUUAACCUAUGGACUCGCGUUAUGCACGGUAUCGAGUCCACAGAAGAAUCCGCCGCUUGGUUCAUCGACUACUGUCGCUCCAAUCGUGGCCUUUUAGCCGUCCGCGCAGAUGACCACACAGGUGGCAACUAUAUGCGACUCUCCGUCGGCACGCAGUCCAUCGCCAAGGGCAUUGCUAACCUUGUUGGACGCGUAAAUAUUCAUCUCUCUUCACCAGUAACCUCUAUCGAGGAUAAAAAAUCUCAUGUCACCGUAAUUGCCGCCAACGGCAAGACUUUCGAGGCCAAGAAGGUCAUCAUUUCCAUCCCUAGCACAAUGUACAAAGAGCUCAAUUUCUCCCCCCCUCUCCCAGAAGCUGUCCAGCAGGUCACCAACUCUACCCGGCUGGGGCACUACAACAAGGCCAUAGUCGUUUACGAGCAGCCUUGGUGGAGGGACCUGGGAUUCAAUGGUUUCAUAAUGAGCUACCAAGGCCCAGCUUGUGUCGUCCGCGAUACCAGUGUCGACGAGGAAGGCAUCUAUAGCUUCACAUGUUUUGUCAACGGCCAGCCCGGUGAGGAGUGGUCUAAAUUGCAUUCUCAAGAGCGUCGCGCAGCCAUCUUGAACCAACUAUCAGCAUGCUUUAAUCUGGAAAGCGACUCUCAGGCACAUCGCCCAGCUGAGUAUAUAGAUCAAAUUUGGCAGCAUGAAACCUUUAGCAGAGGUGCUUUAGCGCCCGUCACUGCUAUUGGCGACUACACGGCAUUCUCUGAUGUCUACGGGAAGCCUGUUAACAACAUACAUUUUGUGGGAACCGAAUAUUCCAAGGACUGGAAGGGUUACAUGGAGGGUGCUCUUGCGUCCGGGGAAAAGGGCACUGACGAGGUCAUUCUUGCUCUUCGAGAGCCCAUAUCGCCACCCAAGCUGUAA